GAUCACCGCCAUCCACCUGGGCAAGCACAACCUCUACAUGCGGGAGUGGGGCGAGGUGCAGAAGAUGGUGCAGAAGUUUGUGCCACACCCCAACUAUGACCCCACCACCAAGGACAACGACAUCAUGAUGAUGAAGCUCCUGACGCCUGUCACCCUCACCAGCAGGAUCCAGCCCGUCCCCGUGGCCUCCUGCCUCCCAGAGCCCGGCACCACCUGCAUCACCUCGGGAUGGGGGGCCACCACCUCCCCAGAAGUCUCUUACCCGGACGUCUUGCAGUGCGUCAACGUCACCAUCUUCUCGAUGGCCGAGUGCCGCCGGUUAUACCCCGGUUCCAUCACCGAGAACAUGCUGUGUGCCGGAAGCCUCCAAGGCGGUAGGGACUCCUGCCAGGGUGACUCCGGAGGACCUCUGGUUUGCAACAGGACCCUCCAAGGCAUCGUCUCCUGGGGCAUGGAGAAAUGCGGCCAGCCCAAGAGACCCGGUGUCUACACCAAGAUCUGCAGAUACGCCCAGUGGAUCAGGAGGACCAUGGAGGACAACUAG